GAGUCAAGACUCCAGAGACCUUGGUCGGGAAGCUCAAGACUUGGUUUGUUGUGAUUGGUUGAAUUCAAGGAGAGAUGAGCAGCAGUAGCAGCACAACAACAGAUGCAUGGGUGCUGGACUUGCUGCGUGGGCUCAGAUACCAUCCCCCUGAUGAGGAAAUGGUGAACCUUUUGAAGAAGCGGAUGGAGGGCUCCCAAGCCCGCCCCAUCAUCCCAGACAUUGAUUUCUACAAUUACGAGCCUUGGGAAUUAGCUGGACGCAUGUUGCCAGACUCUCCAUAUCAACCUAGGAUGUGGUUUUCCUUCAGCCGACAUCAUCACAAAUACGCCAACAGUCCUCGCUGCAAUAGGCUCACAGAGAAGGGCUUCUGGAAAAUCACAGGAAAGCCACGAGAAAUCAAGUCUCGACAACUCUCUGAAUCGGUCACUUGCAAAAAGAGGACCUUGACCUUCCAUUUAGGUCGUCCGUCUAAGCAGAGCAAGACCGGCUGGGUCAAGCAGGAGUAUUAUCUCACUUCAACUGCCCCGGGUUCUAAUCUGAGUGGCCUUGUUCUUUUCCGCAUGAAGAAUAAGUCAGCUGACUAUAAGUCUGAUAAUAAGCAGCAGCAGGAUGUUGCAAUCUAUGAUGAAUCAGCUGAUCCUGCUAUUGGUGGCGACGUGGCCUCUAAUUCUCAAGAUGAUCAAGCUGCUGCAAAUCAUAAGAUUCUGGAGGCCGAGGCCGAACAACAUCUGCUUGGAAGUGGCAAUCAUAAUGAUGGUGAACCUGGUGGCUUUGUUUCAUCUGAUUUUGAUAUAAUGCAAGAGUUAUGUGCUCAGCUAGGACUUGAGCCGCCUCAGCUGGGAAAUGUUCCUGGUACUGGUGACUACCUCGCCUCAAAUUCUGAUAACCAAGCUGCUGCUAUCCAUCCUAUGACUACAGAAGAAGAAGAACUUCUGGCCUUCAAAGAGCUGGAACGUGUUCUUCUUGGCAGUGGCAAUCCUGAUAAUGGUGAACCUCGUAGCUGUGUUUCAUCUGAUAUGCGUCAAGAGUCAUGUGCUCAGCCAGGAGAAGAUCUGGAUUCACCCGUUCCGCCUCCUGGGCCACCUGAGCUGGGAAAUGCUCCUGAUGUCUAUAAUGAUUCUUCUCUUCCAAACAAGAAUAAUAUUCCGAACAAUUAUGACAGCAAACCAAUUAGCAACACAGCCUCUGACUUCGAGAAUCAAGCUAAAGAUGAAAGGAUUCCCGAGGUUUAUUCUCAAUCAGAAGAAAAUCUGCAAUUGUUCUUUCGUUCACUUGAGGUAGAGAACUACACAUUGCCUUCCUCAAUAUUAUACGUGGAACAGGGAGAUGUUCUGCAUGCCAAUAACUAUAUUGGAUGCAAUGAGUCGCAAUAUGCGGCUCUUUUCCCACAUAGUUCUUGAGUAACAAAAACAUCAUAAACUCUUUCCAAUGACUACAACCUACCAAAAUCAUUGGGAAAGGUUUAUGAUGAAGAUGGUGGAGUACAACAGUGACACUAACACUGAGUACUCCAUGCAAAGAUUAUUUGCAUUAGCUAUAUUAGAGAAACACUCCAUUAUGGUGGAGUACAACAGUGACACUAACACUGAGUACUCCAUGCAAAGACUAUUUGCAUUAGCUAUUAGAGAAACACUCCAUUAUGGUAGAGUACAAUAGUGACACUAACACUGAGUACUCCAUGCAAAGACUAUUUGCAUUAGCUAUUAGAGAAACACUCCAUUAUGGUGGAGUACAAUAGUGACACAAACACUGAGUACUUCAUGUAAGAAUGUGUCUCACAUUACUACAGAGUGAUAUUCUCCUACAAAUAUGUCACAAACGACAUAAGUUACUAGUCUGUCACCCACAGCAAGGGUUUUGAGUAAUUAUGUCAAAGAUUAACCCCCCCAAAAAAAAAGGAAAAAAGAAAAAGAAAAGAAGAAGCUGUCUCCCAGCAUCCCCAAGUUUUGGAAACUUCCGAAUGCAACGAGUCCAGAUGAAGUAAAGAUGUCUUUUCUCAGAAGCAGUCUUUUGGAGAUGGCACUUCCUCUAUCAACACAAACUACAGAUAUUCCUCAGAUCAGUAGUCUUCUUCAACUAGUAUAUCUAUCCUACAAGUCGAAGAACACACAACCUCCAUAUCAACCAGUAUCACAAGCCAAGGAAGCUGCAGCUCAUUGUGUUGCUGUUCAAACUGAAGGGUCCUUUUACUUUCCUGGAAGCAUGUCCUAUGGUGGUAUAAUAUUUGUAUAGCCUUAGAGGCUUGCUUUUGUUCCACAGUCGCUAUCAUUAUAGAAGUGGCGCUAUACAGAAGCUUCUGCUACAUGGCUGCUGGAGUCUCAGUUUACUAUAUCGUAUAACCAGACACUAGUGUGAUGUUCUGGUUACUGAUAGAGAAUCUGUGAACUCCAUCCUUAAUGGAGUAGUAGUUCCUAGUUACAGUCAUUUCGAAAAUGGACGAUUAUUUUUGUAUUUUGAAGGUCUUAAACCUAUCAAUGACCUUCAGUCUGAAACAUCCUACCCUUUUACCACCAAAAAUUGUAUCCUUGUUAAUAUUGUUUCGAUUAUCAGUGUAU